AUGCCUGCUCGCAAGAAGAUGUUUGUUCAGAUCAUCAAGUUCUUCCAGGAGCAGAAGCCAAGCACCUUGCCCGAAUGGGUGCAGAAGGUUAAGAAGAGGCCGUCCUUCCCGAUCGCCGUGGAGGCAGUCUUAUACCAACAGGCCUCGAGCUUGGGCGACUACGAGGACUACACCGCUGUCGCACCCCGUUUGAGCCGGAUCAUCCGCAGCAUGAACAAGGAGGUAUUGGAUGCAAUGGCCAAGGCGGACCGGACGGUGCACAGCAACGGGGGUAAGGACAAACAACAGGCACACAAUUGUCAAGCGACCCUCCCUGCCGUCCCCGAGCGAGGCGUUCUGCCCAUGAAGGAGGCGGGAAAACCCCCGAAGGCCCAGCAAGCAGUCAGAGCCGCGCAGACCCCCGAAGAAAAGGCAACCGUGGCGGCGAAGGCAAUGGGUGAGGCGGCGGCGGCGGCCCCAGCAUAUGCCGCAGCAGCAGCACAGGCGGUGGCUGCGGUUGGUUCAAGCAAGGACGAGGAGGGAGCGAGAAAACCCAUGUCUCGCGCCGAGCGUAGGGCUGCCGAGCGCGAGCGUGUCAAGGGAGCCGCGAAGGCCGCCAAGUCCGCGCGGCUGCAGCAGCACCUCGCCCAGCAGAACCUGCGCAAGAGCAACGAUCCCAGGCGCGUGGAAGGGCAGCUCUUGGCCGCCGCGGAUAACCCGCCCGCGGGUGCUCAGCCUGUCCCACCCCCGGACACGAAGCCAGCGGCGGCGACGGCGGCGGCGGGAUCACGCACAUCGAUCCCCUCUGAGCCCGCCGCCGCUCCCGGCAAGGCGCAGAUCGCACAAUCGGCUCGGGCGGCCAAGGCCCCCGCGGUCACGGCCGCUGCCAAGCGUGAGGUUAGCCAGGCGCCUGCCGAGGAGCGGGGCAACCGCGCCGCUGCCCGCGCCCCCGCCGCCGUUCUCGAGGAAACCGUCACAGAGACGAGCUCCUCCCGCUCAUCUCCCGGCGGCGAAUGGACGUGGCCGCUCCUUGCUCUCGAUGGCGGCGGCGGUGCCCUUAAGGGGAAGAGGACGGCGACGGCUCCGCUUCGCGGCUUGGCGUGGAUAGGGCGCGCAGCCGGCCCCACCGCGGGAAAUAGGGCGGAGCCCCUUCCGUGGGGCAACUGGAAGAGGUGGCGGGAACCCGAGAAGUGGGAGAAGACGGUGUCUGCGGCAAUCACCAGGGCGCAGGUGAAGGUCGGAUUCGACGUGGACACCGGCCGUCUCAGGAACGAGAGCGUACGAUCCGAUAUUUUGUCUGAGCGGCUGCGCUCUAGAUAUAGACGAUACUGGUUCGCGUGGUUGGAUUACUAG